AUGAAUCAAGAAGUCUUAGAAGCCAGAAAGAAAUUAUAAGAAAAGAUUGGUGACUCCAGAACCGGUGGUAAGGGUACCCAAAGAAGAAAGGUCAAGAAGGUUACCAAGACCCAAAUUACUGAUGACAAGAAGCUCAAGACCGUCAUCAAGAAGUUCGGUGUCCAACCUUUCUAAGGUAUUGAUGAAGUCAACAUGUUCAAGGACGACAAGACCAUCUUACACUUCGAUAGACCCGAAGUCUUGGCCUCCAUCCAAAACAACACCUUCGUCGUUAUCGGCAAGAGCGAAACCAAGAACGUCAAGGACUUAUUACCCGAUAUCUUACAACACCUCGGACCCAAGUAACUCGGUGACUUGAAGGACUUAUUGGCCUCCAUGGGUGGUGAAAAGAAGGAAAAGGCUGGUGAUGAUGAAGAAAUCCCCACUCUUGAAUCCAACUUCGAAGAAGCUACCAAGAAGGUUGAUUGA